AUGCUGUGGAAACUGGUGGAAAAUGUCAAGUAUGAAGAUAUUUACGAGGACCGCCAUGAUGGGGUGCCGAGUCACAGCUCCAGACUCUCUCAGCUCGGCUCCGUAUCCCAGGGCCCAUACUCCAGCGCACCGCCGCUCUCUCACACCCCUUCCUCGGACUUCCAGCCGCCAUACUUUCCGCCUCCGUACCAACCCCUCCCCUACCACCAGAGCCAGGACCCGUACUCGCAUGUGAACGACCCGUACUCGGGACUGAACGCCCUUCACCAGCCGCAGCAGCAUCCAUGGGGUUCACGCCAACGGCAAGAAGUAGUAGCGGACAGCGGCUCUCUCUUGCCGCAGCCUCGCGCUUCCUUACCACAGCUAACCGGGCUUGACCCGCGACGGGACUACUCGUCUGUGCGUCGGCCGGAUGUGUUGUUGCACUCGGCGCAUCACGGGCUCGAGGCCGGAAUGGGAGACAGUCUGUCGCUGCACGGCCUCGCGCAGGGAAUGGAAGAUGUGCAGGAUGCCAACAACAGCGGCAUGAACAUUCUUGACCAAUCCGUCAUCAAAAAAGUAUUCCCCAGGAAAAAAAGGUUUAAAUACACAUUUAAUUUCUAUUUUUGCCUUGCACAUGCAGUCCCAGUCCCGCACAAGAGUGUGGCAUCGCUUAUGAUGAGCAAAGACGGUUUGAUUGGCGGGAUCACCGUUAACGUGAACGAGGUCUUCUGUUCGGUACCGGGUCGGUUGUCUCUGCUCAGCUCCACCUCAAAGUACAAGGUGACAGUCGGUGAAGUCCAGCGGCGUCUCUCCCCGCCCGAAUGCCUCAACGCCUCUCUGCUUGGCGGCGUACUGCGCAGAGCGAAGUCGAAAAACGGAGGCAGAUCUUUGAGAGAAAAGCUGGAAAAAAUUGGCUUGAAUUUGCCUGCUGGAAGACGCAAAGCAGCGAAUGUCACUUUGCUGACGUCACUUGUCGAAGGAGAAGCUGUUCAUUUAGCCCGGGACUUUGGCUACAUCUGUGAAACCGAAUUUCCAACUAAAGCCGUUUCCGAAUACCUGAACAGGCAACACACAGACCCCAACGAGCUGCACUCACGGAAAAACAUGCUUCUCGCCACAAAGCAGCUGUGUAAGGAGUUUACGGAUCUCCUGGCUCAGGACCGGACUCCGCUGGGAAAUUCCCGUCCGACUCCUAUUCUGGAGCCGGGAAUCCAAAGCUGUCUGUCCCAUUUCAGUUUCAUCACUCACGGCUUUGGCUCCCCGGCUAUCUGCGCUGCCCUCACGGCCCUGCAGAAUUACCUGACUGAGGCCCUCAAAGGAUUGGACAAGAUGUUCCUCAAUAACCCCACCCCCACCAGACACACCCCUGCUGACGGCCCCACCUCCAAAAACGCUGAGAAAGAGGAGAAACACAGGAAAUGA